UGACUCCUCGCAAGGCCCUGACGCCUCUCCUUCAUCUGAAACCCAAUCAGAAUACGGGCGACGUGUGACGUAAACCGUUUUUGUGUUUUUGUUUUUCGAGGAAAGGUGACAGGCGACGUCAACACAUCGCCACCCGCGCUUUCCUAUCGACCAUCCAGACAGAGUAGGCGGGGCGAACGAGACGCCGCUAAUCCCCCGGCUGCAUUUCCCUGAGGGGUGGAGGGAGGCGGGAUGAAGGACACAAGGACGUGGCCCAUUGGGUAAGGGCGGCGACGGUUAUUUUUUUUGUCCCCGUCGCAGCCAAUCACGGAGCAGAGAUUUGACUGACGGGGGGCAAAGGCGGCUUGGGAGGAAAAAAAGGGCUGAAGAGAGGAAGCUUUGCGGGGGGUUGCUCCACAACUGGUGGGCAUUUCUCUUUGAGCUUACUGCAUGGGAUGGCAAGGGGUUUCCUGGCCCGGACGGUUACCGUGGUUUCUCUCACUGUGACUUUAACUGCUGUUGCUGCUAAGUCUUCUUCCUGCACUUACUUCUACCCACUAUUUCAAGCAGCCAGGAAUCUAGCCUACAGCCCAUCUUCAGAAAGUUGGUUUCACAGCAAGGCUGCUAAAAUGUCGAAUUGUAAAGAUGCAAGAGAAAAUUUGCAUAACAAAGCAAGGACCUCCCCAUAUCCAGGAUCAAACAUUGAGCGCAGCGGAGUUCCCAACGAUAAGGUGGAUUGGUCAACUGAAUGGGAGGAUUACAGCCCUGUGGAAUAUACAGCACAAUCUGUUUUGGCAGGACCUAAAUGGGCAGAUCCAGAAAUUGGGGUGAAAAACUUUUCUCCAAAGUUCAACGAGAAGGAUGGGCAAGUGGAGAGGAGGAGCCAGAAUGGUUUCUAUCACGUGGAAAAUGGGAGGCCCAGGAAUCCUGUAGGCAGGACAGGAUUAGUGGGCCGAGGUCUCUUGGGGCGUUGGGGACCAAAUCAUGCUGCAGAUCCUCUUGUAACUAAGUGGAAGAGAGACGGCAGUGGCAAUAAAGUAGCUCACCCAGCGUCUGGCAAAAGUAUCUUGCAGUUCAUUGCAAUCAAAAGGAAGGACUGCGGGGAAUGGGCCAUUCCAGGGGGCAUGGUAGACCCAGGGGAAAAAUUGUCGGCUGCACUAAAGAGAGAAUUUAGCGAGGAGGCCUUGAACUCCUUACAGAAAACUGAGGCUGAGAAGGAAGAAAUGGAGAAACAACUGAACAGGCUGUUCAGUCAAGAUUACUUUGUGGUAUACAAAGGGUAUGUGGAUGAUCCUCGUAACACAGAUAAUGCUUGGAUGGAGACAGAAGCCGUAAACUACCAUGAUGAAACUGGUGAAGCAAUGGAGAACUUACACUUGGAAGCAGGAGAUGAUGCUGGGAAAGUGAAAUGGGUUGACAUUGGAGAAAAGCUGAAACUCUAUGCCAGUCAUGCCGACUUUGUCAGGCUCGUAGCAGAGAAAAGAGGAGCACACUGGAGGGAAGAUCAUAACCUGGUUUGCCCUGAUGGGGCUGAGAUCAAGGCCUAAACUAAAGCCUAAACAUGGCUGAUAGAAGUUUAGGGAUGGAAUGAGGUGUUAAUACUGCUUUGAGGAAUGAGAUUACUGAUGUAUGGAUGGAGAACCUGCAGCCCUUCAGAUUUGUUGGACUCCAGUUCCCAUCAGCCCCAUCCACCAUGUGCCAAUGGGCAGGGCUGAUAGGAGUUGUAAUCCAACAGCAUCUAGAGUUCCACAGCUUCCUCAUCCUUGUCUUAAAGCCGCAAAGGAUGGGCAGCCAAAUUUAAGCGAAGCUAAAUCCCCAUUAAAUUUUCCAAUGAAAUAAAAUCAGCGUGACUUCUAAAUGUCUAGCUUUGGCUGCACGGUGCCCUCUCUUUUUAUCAAGAAAUAUUGCUAAGGUAUUUGAGAACACAUUCUGCAUCCAUUAUAUGUAAAUAAAAACAUGUAUAAGGGUGUGGUUUUUGUUGAUCAACAGGAGUGUUGAGAGGUAUUUUACAAUUAUAAAAAUUAACAGCUGCAAUCUGUUUUACUUCCGGACAUUGAUCUAAUGUUAUGGAAAUAACCCUUUAGUGUCUGCACUUAAUAUUUAUUGCCAUAAUCAGGAAGCAAUUUAGGUUGCGCUCCUAUGCACUUAAUCUGGAAAUAAACCCCAUUGAACCCAGAGGGACUUGCUUCUGAGUAAACCAUGCACAGAGUUGCAUUGUGUAUCUUUAAAUCAUAAUCUGAAUUAUCUCUUGUACAUCAUACAAAAUAAGCCACCAUACUCUUGUUGUUUUUACCACACUGAUCCUAGUCUUUGUAGAGAAGGGAAAAGAGAUCUUUGGUAUAAUCGCAAAGAAAAUGUAAUAUAGGAUUUGACCCAGGAGCCUAUGAUUGAGGAAACAGAGGGCAAUACAAACAUGUUUUAAAAUAUUUACUGGGAUGAAUGAAACACACCUCUAGGCUUAGCUCAUAUUGGAAUGAAACACUCCAGUAAGCUUAUCUUAUAUUGCCAUUUCCAAUUUUUUUAAAAAGUGGGAUUUAAAGAGCUCUUUUAAUUAUUCUUGUUUCCUAUACUGGCUGAGCUUUCACUGUUUUGGCCACUGGAGAAUAUUCUGAUAUACAGAAACUGGUUGUUUUAGUGUUUGAAGAGAAGCUCUCUGGACUCCAGUCACAGAAUAUUCUUGUUUGAAACCACCAGCAGUAUAGAAACCUGCUUUCAAGCACUUAAUAUUUCCACCACCAACAUGAUUGUAAACUACCUUGGACCAUGCCAUGGCUUGCCCAAAGGUCAUUAUACUUUGGAACCAUCCCCGUAAUGACAAAGUCUUAUCAACAAAUCAAUAAUGCUAACCUUUCAUGCCAGCCAGCUUCUCAUUGGUUAUAUUGUAGCGCUUAGUUUUUUCUUAUGAAUCUUUGGCUAAAGUUUGGGAUGGCUGUUCAUUAUUUACCCUUCUAUUUGUUACGUCAACCUGCCAAUAUUUUCUGAAACACAUAACAAAGCGAUUUUAUUCUUUGACUUCUGAAUAAAUUGCACAGCAGCCACAGUUUCUGGCAUGCCUUGACUUCUGUGUAUGUUAUCUGUUUUUGCUUUGCUCCAACAGGCCCCCAAACACCAUUGCCCAGCAAUCGUUCUUCCAUCCUGGGGUCCUGACUCUGGACAAAUGGGAGGGCAAAAUGCUGGAAUACAAUAUUACUCAAGCCAACAGCACAACUUGUUACCUUCAUCUGCCCCAGCUGCAACAAAACAUGUAUUUACCACAUUGGUCUCUACAGCUACUGUAGGUGCUGAAACCGUCCAGCAGCUUGACCUCAUCCCCAAAGGCACUACUCUGUUGGCUCCCGAGACAGACUGAUGCCAACAAAAGCCUGCCAUUGUAAGGAGAAUGUGUGCUCAUCAUCCUGGGAGCUGGUAUUUAAUCUUUUUGAAUGUGAGAUGGCCUCCAUUUAUUCCAGAAGAAAAAUUAACACAGUAUCAAAUGUUUGGGAAAUGCUGAUAUAAUAAAACCAUCUGGCUCGCACUUUA